AUGAAGAGAGAAGUGAAGGAGGAAGCUUCGAAUGAUGUGCAGAAGAAGGUAAAGACAGAGAUCAAACACGAGUCGCCCAAUGAUGUCAAGGUGGAAGUAAAGGAGGUGAAGGAGGAGAUUCCGAAAGAUACAGACAUGGAAGUGAAGCAAGAGAGCAACGAGGUCGUCAGCUGUCGCCGAAGAAUGCGCACAAAGGUCAAGACUGAGAUCAAGCGUGAAGUGAAGCAGGAGGACCCCUGCUUGUGGACCUGUCUGACCGGCGUAAAGCAGGAGAAAGUGGAUGAGGAGCAGCAGGUGCAAGUCAAGCAAGAGAACUUCGAGCAGCCUGGGCCGAAGAGGCGUCGAUUGAGCCAGAAGAGUCCUGACGUUUCCGUUCCAUCCUUCGGGUCGCGAUUGACAGAGUGGGCCGAGAAAUGCCUAGCAUUUCAAUCCUCUGGCAAGACGUGGCUGCCCACGAAGCCCUGCUGCCCGGCCAGCCCGUUUCUCGGAUUAGCAGGCGCUCCGUGGCAAGGAUGUGUAAGAGACAAAGCAACAGCAUGCGUGCAGCUCCUCGGCAAAGAGCAGUUCAGAGAGUUGCGCGACUUCUACCGCGAGAAUCCACACCAUGCUCUCUUCCAUGACAGCAGUGACCCAAACAGCGAGCGACAGACAGAGCCUACUGCUGGAUGCAGGCCGGAGGCCCACAGGAGCUCAACCGGCAAUCAGCACCGAGCAGCUGAGUGCAUGAAGAUGUGGCCUUGGAUGCGGGAUCUUCCCACGCGAGCUUGGGCCGGCAAUGGCUGGCUACUCGUGGAGGACGGCAUGAUGAAGCUCUCGCCGACCGGAGGGGGUUCCGCCAUGCAAGGCCUCGAGAUCUUCGAGUCCGUGGGCUCCGUCCCGGAGCCCGGCGAGCAGAAGCCCUUGGAGUCGACGAGCCAGGUGGAGCCCAGAGCUGAGGGCGAAGAAGUCGUCACCAAGAACUUCCGAGGCCUGGAGCGCCAGAGCGGCAUCCAGGGAAUCAUCUGGAAGAGAGAGAAGGCCUGCUGGCGAGUCCAAUGGCGGGUAGCCGGCAAGCAGAAUCAGCUCCACUUCCCCAUCUCCAAACACAUGAAGCUCGGGCUCAGCGAGGCCGAGGCUGUGGAGACGGCCCUCGAGGAGGCCAAGGCUUUCCGCGAGGAGCUCGUGCGCCUCGGCAAGCUGAAGCCACUGAAGCCCGUCACGGAGAAGGCGUCCGACUCGGCGGUGACAGGUGUUUUUUACGACAGACAGGCGGGAAAUUGGAGGGUCCAAAUACGAGACCCCGCCACUAACAAUGCGAAGAGGGUAGAUGGAGGCAGGUUCAAAGUGAAGGAGGAGGCGGAGGCCAGGGCCCGGGACCUGGCCAAGGAGUUGGGAGUGCAGGAAGAACUGGUGCCCGUGAAGCCACUCUCGGAGCUCCCGCACUUCGAGCCGCUCGGGCCACAGCCAGGGAUCAAGUGGAACCGUGGGGAGCAGGCCUGGCAUGCCCAGUGCAACAUCUCGGGAAGCAACAGGAACAUGAGGUUCCGCCCGAAGGACUUCUCGCCGGAGGAGGUGGAGAAGGCCUGGAAGCAGGCGGUGGCCUGGCGAAAGCAGCAGGAGAAGCAGAGAGAGCGGGCCGAGAAGCCCCGGAUGCGCUGA